AUGGCAAGUCUUACAGCUGGAGUGAGCAAGCUCCAGCGCCUGCAGCGUCUCAGCGCCGAGGGUAAGAGCGAGGAGCUACAGACGGCCAUCAUGCAGUGCACAUGCAAGGAGUUGCGAAGCUUCAUUGGACUGCUGGGAGUCCCUGUGCGUAGCAAAGAUUACGCCGUCUACAACAAUAAAGCGGGUGAGAAAUUGUGGAAAAUGUGGCGAGAAUUGUGUGCCGCGUACACGAGUUUAGUAGCUCGAUUUGAGAUAAGUGGAGACCCGGAUGCCGAAUUUUCCACUUUUUGUCAAAGUCGAGCGGACGUGUAUUAUUUGGCGUGCUGGCUCAACGUCAAGCCGCAUCUGCUGGGUAGUGUCAAUGGGAAGUUGACACAGAACUUGAGUUUGUCGACGCCAAGGGUUGCUGAGAGUAAAGACGCUAGCACUGUGGCUACCUCUGAGAAGAGCUGUGACGAGAUAAGUAAAACCGAACAGCGUGCAAAGUUGAUGAAAAUGAUCAAGGACGCGUGCAAGACACUGAAGAGCCUUCGAGAAGCGGGAUUAGGACAGGAAACGGAAGACGUUGUUCAGGUUGAGCUCGAGAGGUACAAGCACCGUCGGUAUCUAAGCAUUCGUGAAUGGUGUGUUUCUGUAUCCCCCAAGAAAAUCAUCGUCAUUGAUCAGCAUGUCCUCAAACGCAACACCGCUUUGUUCCUUCAUCUGUUUGAAAUGCGCUGUCUUGCCGCCUGGGUAAAAUGA